CCUUCAUACUUAUUAUCUCAGAGCUGCACCUUAUGACCUUUCCAUCGUCAUACGAUACUAUCUUUACCCUCUUCUCGACCCCAAUUGAUUGGUUUGGCUGAGUCGAGUCCAACACCUCAACAUUGAUUUUGCAUGGCAAGCUGAUCAAAGCCUCAUUUCAACAGCGACCACCACAGCGACUUGACCGUGGCGGACAACAUCCUGAAAACGAUCCUCCAACAAGCACCCACACUGCAAGACAUCAUGGGCGGCGAAAGAACGGAACCGAAGAGCGCCUCAGCCAGCGCGGCGAUAGCAAGCUAUCCGGCGCAGGCACCGGGUCCCGUCGGCAAGCGAAUCAGCAAGCUCUACAAGGACAGGAUCAACCAAUUCUACUCUAGAGGACAAUGGGAAAAUCAGAACCUACUUGCCAUGAUGUACGAGGGUGUCGCAUCUGGCCCGUCCGAUGUAAAACUCUGGUCCUGGGCCGCGCCUGGCCUCUCCCGACCAAGUUUCGAAGAUGCCAUGAAGGGACAGUAUUCACCGGCCAAAGUCGGUGAUGCUUUCGGUCCUUCUUGGUCGACCCAUUGGUUCAAAGUCACUCUCAAGGUCCCGUCUGAGUUGUGCGACAAGGAGCACCUGGAGCUCCAAUGGGACGCCAACAACGAGGGCAUGGUCUGGACUGAGGAUGGAAAGCCGCUUCAAGGUUUGACGGGCAACGGUGAGCGUGUCGAGUGGAUCCUGCCGAACUCUUUCCGUGACGGCAAAGAGCACACCAUCUACAUUGAGAUGGCAUGCAACGGCAUGUUUGGCAAUGCCCCUGGUGGUGACAGUAUCCAACCCCCCGACCCCAACAGACACUUCCAGCUGAUCAAAGCCGACAUCUGUGCCGUCAAUAUGGACGCUCGUCAGCUUUGGAUCGAUACUUGGAUCAUUGGCGAUGCCGCCAGAGAGUUUCCCGAGGACUCUUGGCAGCAACACAAGGCUCUCAAUGUCGUCACCAAGAUCAUUGACAACUACCGGCUGGGCGACAAGGAAUCCAUCAAGGAGUGCCGCAAGAUCGCGCGCGACUACAUCGGAUCCAACGUUGACUCGUCCAAGGUUUAUGAUAGCGACACCGAACCUCAAGUCUACGGUAUUGGGCAUUGUCAUAUCGACACCUGCUGGCUGUGGCCGUGGGCAGAGACCAAACGCAAGGUUGCACGCUCAUGGUCGAAUCAGUGUGACCUAAUGGAGCGCUACCCGGAGCUGAAUUUUGCUUGCUCGCAGGCUCAGCAGUACAAGUGGCUCAAGCAGUACUACCCCUAUGUCUUCGAUCGUGUCAAGCGGAAGGUCAAGGAUGGCCAAUUCCACCCUAUUGGUGGCAGCUGGGUUGAACACGACACCAACAUGCCAAGUGGAGAAUCGCUGGUCCGUCAGUUCCUGUACGGUCAGCGCUUCUUCGAGAGCCAUUUUGGCGAACGUUGUCAGACUUUUUGGCUUCCCGACACUUUUGGAUACUCCAGCCAACUCCCUCAAUUGUGCCGCUUGGCCGGCAUGACUCGAUUCCUCACCCAGAAGCUCAGCUGGAACAACAUCAACAACUUUCCCCAUACCACGUUCAACUGGGUGUCCUUGGAUGGUAGCCAGGUCAUAUGCCAUAUGCCACCAGCCGAGACUUAUACGGCUGAGGCUCACUUUGGCGAUGUCAAGCGGAGUAUGUCCCAGCACAAGUCCAUGGAUCAGGAUCACACGUCACUGCUUGUCUUCGGCAAGGGAGACGGCGGAGGUGGCCCCACAUGGCAGCACAUCGAAAAGCUGCGUCGCUGCCGUGGCAUCAGUGAUGAGGUCGGCUUGCUGCCUCGUAUUCACAUGGGUAGUACCGUUGACCAGUUCUUUGAUAAGCUCGAGGAAAAGGCUUCCACUCUGGUCACAUGGUACGGCGAGCUCUACUUCGAGCUCCAUCGCGGAACCUACACCACCCAGGCCAAGAAUAAGUCCAAUAACCGACGAUCCGAGGUCAUGAUGAAGGAUCUUGAGUUGCUUGCUACGAUUGCAUCGUUAAAACAUAAGUCCUAUAAGUAUCCUAAACAGCAGUUCGACAAGAUGUGGGAGGCAAUUCUCCUUUGCCAAUUCCACGACUGUCUGCCUGGAAGUUCCAUUGAGAUGUGUUACGAUGAUUCGGACGAGCUUUACGCGGAGAUCACCAAGAUUGGCCAGCUUAUCUUCAAAGAGAUCUGCGAGCUGCUCGGAGUCCCGGAGAUGAAGCCUGCUUCCCUUGGUGACGCCGUGGCUUUGAACACGUUACCUUGGCACCGAAAGGAGGUGGUCGACGUUUCUGACACCGAGCACGGAGUUGCCUGCGGCAGUGGACCGAUGCUUAGCGUUCGGACCCUCAAGGCGGGCAACAAGAGGCCCGUCACCGUUAACGAGGUCAGCAAGGGCGUUUUCGUCAUGAAGAAUGACCAGCUGUCCGUCAAGGUUGAAAAUGGCUGCGUGACUUCCCUCAUUGACCGCAAGACCAACCGAGAAGUGAUUGCGAAGGGCGGCAAGGCAAAUCAGUUCGUUAUUUUCGACGAUAAGCCUUUGUAUUGGCAAGCCUGGGAUGUCGAGGUGUACCAUUUGGACACUCGUAAGGAGCUUGUCAGUGGUCAGACCAAGAUCCUCGAGGAUAAGGAGCACCGUGUCAGCGUGGUGACCGAGACGAAGAUCAGCAAUCUCAGUACUAUCAAGACAACAUUGAGUUUAUCUGCGGCUUUCGAAGGUCAACAAUCAUUCGUUGAAGCCACCAGCAUGGUCGAUUGGCACGAGACGAUGAAGUUCCUCAAGGUCGAGUUCCCUGUCGAAGUCAGAAACAACGAGGCAUCGUACGAGACUCAGUACGGUAUUGUCAAGCGACCGACCCACUACAACACCACAUGGGACAUGGCCAAGUUUGAGGUUUGUUGUCACAAGUUUGCCGAUCUGUCUGAGUAUGGCUAUGGGGUAUCCAUCCUCAAUGACAGCAAAUACGGCUUCGCCACCUGUGGCAACUUGAUGCGCUUGUCGCUGCUGCGAUCACCCAAGGCCCCCGAUGCACAUGCAGACAUGGGCAAGCAUAAGAUUCGUUGGGCUAUUCUCCCUCAUCAGGGCAGCCUGGGUGCUACCACAGUCCGUGCAGGCCACAACUUCAACAACCCUUUGAAGGUCAUGUCUGCACCGUCAUGCAUAGACGUCAGGACUAUGAUGUCUGAGCAUCCUGUCAAACUCACUGGCGACUCUAGCCUCAUUCUCGACUGCGUCAAGCGUGGGGAGGAUGACGAGGAUGUCUCGUUGGGAGAGCUGCCCCGACGUAAGGGUCAGAGCGUCAUCAUCCGCAUCUAUGACAGCCUGGGUGGACAUAACCAGGGCACAAUCAAGAGCAUGUGGGAUGUCAAGAAGGUUUGGAAGACCAACGUCCUCGAGGAUGAUGAUGAGGAGAUUGCGUUGGAUAAGGACGGCAGUUUCCUGAUCAGCCUCAGGCCAUUUGAGGUCGCUACCUACAGAUUGCAGCUGUGAAGGGGGGGAGAAGGUGUGAAGUAGAGUUAAGAGCCUCGGAGUGAGGGUCUGGGUGCUCAUUGGAGUGCAAGAACGAAGUAAUGAAUGAAUGGGGCGGCCUGAAGCGAGCACAUGGAUACGGCGCCGAAGCAUGAACUUAUUGAAGCUUGGAACUCCGUAUACAUAUCGUGGUCUCUCUUCUCAGUAGCCAAGAUUGGGAAAUUGUAUCAUAUGAUGAAGCAGCACUGGAUUGAGCAGCGUGAUGAGAUAGCGAAGGACUUGAUUGUUUGCUCUGAGGACGCGGUGUCGAUCAAGGAUAACGAUGAACUGUGAUGAUUCAAUCCAUGUUCUUAUGCAUUGUACCUCAUGAUCUAGCCAGGAGACGAAAUGCCCAAUUCGUAUCAACUAACGUACGUCAGAGUAACGUUACAUCAAAUAUUAUGUUCCAUGACAACGGGAGUCGAACGGUCGAACUGCCAUAGAAUCUGAU